CUGCACCGGUCCCCCGGCCUCUGCCGGAAGUGCUGCCGGCCCUCGGGGCGGCGCCGGAGCGGCCCCGGGCGGUGAGAGAGGCCGCUCCCCCACGGGGAAAGGGCCAUGAACGGCACCGCCAACCCGCUGCUGGACCGAGAGGAGCACGGCCUGAAACUCGGCGAGAGCUUCGAGAAGCGGCCCAAGUCCUCCUUCCACACGAUCCGCUAUGAUUUCAAACCAGCAUCCAUAGACACGUCGUGCGAGGGGGAGCUCCAGGUGGGCAAGGGGGACGAGGUCACCAUCACGCUGCCGCACAUCCCCGGAUCUACACCUCCAAUGACUGUUUUCAAAGGAAACAAAAGACCAUAUCAGAAAGACUGUGUUCUCAUCAUUAAUCAUGACACUGGUGAAUAUGUGUUGGAAAAACUCAGUAGCAGCAUUCAGGUCAAGAAGACAAGAGCUGAGGGAAGCAGCAAAAUCCAGGCACGAAUGGAACAGCCCCCUGCACGGGCACCACCGCCUCCCAUGCCAUUUAGAGCCCCAAUGAAGCCACCGAUUGGACCAAAAACCUCUCCUGUGAAAGAUAACCCUUCCCCUGAACCCCAGUUGGAUGACAUAAAGAGAGAGCUGAGAGCCGAGGUGGAGAUCAUUGAGCAGAUGAGCAGCAGCAGCGGCAGCAGCUCCUCCGACUCGGAGAGCUCCUCGGGCAGUGACGAUGACGACAGCUCCAGCAGCGAAGGCGAGGAGCCAGCCGCCCGAGCCUCGCCCUCCCAGCCUCCUCACCAGCAGUUCAGUCACAGAAACCCUGUGGCCAAUGGCACCAGCCGGCCCCCCGGGAAUAACCAGCUGAUGAACACAUUGCGAAAUGAUUUACAACUAAGUGAGUCUGGCAGUGACAGCGAUGACUAGCAUUGGAGCUUCCUGCAUCUGUCUGUGGUAGAACACCCGGGAAGCUGGAGGACACAAGCAGAAACCCACCACCAAGGAGAGCACUUGGCCAUUAGUGAGCCCUGAAUUGUCACUGAGCCCGAGCAGGAGUGCUCUUGUAUAUAUUAUGUGAAUACAGUUUUAAAAGUUUUACCUAGGUCUGUAGAAUAAUUAACUAGGAAAGUUUUGUUGUUUUUUGGUUAACAUUGUGGAUGGAAAACCUGAUCAGUUGGUGGGGUGGGGAAUUAAGGGUAUGGGGUGUUGGGUAUCUUGGUUUUUUAAAGGUUGAGUGAUAGAUAUCCUUGGCAGUCACUAGUUUGGACGUGUCAUCUUCAUUGCCGAAGCAAAUUCUUUGGCCUUUGGGGGGGAAAACAGCACCCCUAGAGUGUAUCCAGACCAAGUGGGGAAGUAUAAGAGAGCCUGAGGCACACUUCUACUUAAUAACAGAGAUGGGUGUAAAACCCAAGGUUCCAGCACUUUCUGUACUGUACCAUAAUGCCUCCCAUUAUAUUUAAUUCAUCAAAUAUUUAUUGAACACCUACUGUGUGCAGAGCUUAGGUAUGUAGCAGAAUCAAUGAUCUGUGUACAUAGAGCAAUCAGAUACAUAUUGGAGCUUUGUAGCUAGACUGUGAAAGUCAUGACUACCGUGUUACUUCUAGUUUGAAUUUGAGCCAGUAAAAGCUGGCUCUGUACAGGACAGAAGAACCUUAUGUGGAGGAGCAGUGACUGGAUGACAUUGGAGUUAUAAGAGGAAAACCAUGAGUCCGUGUCCAGCUUUCACUGGACAUAAUUGAUUCAGUGGAUUUUAAAAGGAAUGAUUUAAAAAAAAAAUAAUAGGAAUGGGUAUAAGUAAUAGGGGUUAGAGGAGAAAACUA